AUGUCUGAAAGUGUUUGGUUUUCUGGUCCAGUGAAGGAUGCAGUCUCUAUAGUUAACCAGAAGGAUUGCGUAUUUCUUGUCUAUAUUUAUGACGACUCUGAUAAAACCAAGACAUUAGACAACACACUCAAUGAUGAAGAAAUAGCAAACCACAUUAAACAACAUGCUGUUGCUUUAAAAAUGGAAAAGGAUUCAGAGAAUGCUUCUCUAUUUAGCCAAUUAUAUCCAAUACAGACUGUACCCAUCUUGUACUUCAUCAAGCAAGGUGUAAUCAGAGAGUUUGGAACUGAAGCUAUUACCAAACAAGAACUCUUGGAAAAGAUAACAAAUGCAAAUAACCAAACCACUGUUGGUCAGCAAAACGCGUCUUUAAAUACGAGUACACCUUCCGAGGCAAGUGGCAGUCGUACGACAGUUGAUACACCUUUUGAAGACCAAAAUAAUGCGUCUACAAAUAACAAUGCAAAUGCAGAGGCAACAGCUGCAGCAAAGAAAGCGGAAUUGCAAAAACGGUUAGAAGAAGCUCGAAAACAACGCGCUGAGCAAGAAAGACAAGAAGAACGAGCGAGAGAGAUAAAGCGUAGAAAUGAGGCAAAGGCUAUACAAGAGGCUCAGCAGAUGCAAAAGGAUAAGGAAAACCAAUUGUACCUUGAAAAGAUAAAAAAAGAACGCAAGGAGGCAGAAGAGCAUAAACGUAGAGUGCGCGAGCAAAUAGCCAGAGAUCGCGCAGAGAGAUUAGCUGAGAGAAAGGCAGAAAAAGGACGUCAGGAAGCCGCUGGUUCAUCCAGUCAGCAGAUAGACAAUACGAGUAAGAAGAGACAGAACCACGAAUAUAGCAAUCUGAAUAUCCGUUUGCUUGACGGGACAAAUAUGCGUCAUCAGUUUGAAGCAUCUGAUACUUUGGCUAUAGUAAAACACUGGAUUGAACAAAACAGAACAGAUGAAAAGAAAGACUAUAAGCUCUCUUCUCUGUUUCCUACUCGUUUAUUUACCGAAGCAGAUAAUAAUACCUCUCUCCGAGACCUGGAUCUCUGCCCAAGCGCUACUAUCAUCUUGAAGCGAAGCAAAAACACAGCACCCAGUUUAAACCAGAAUAAUAGCUCUCAGCUCGGUUUUUUCCAAGCUGGGCUAGGUCAUGCUUACGCUUUCUUUGUAGGUUUGCUGAGCUUUUUCGCCGGAUUGUUUGGCACGUUAUUUCCAAGAAAUGGAUACAAUCCCAUUCAACCAUCUGCAACAUCUGAGCAACAACGACAGCAACAACAACAACAACAACAACAACAGCAGCAGCAGCAGCAGCAGCAGUCAUCUGCUCACAGUUUGAAGGGCGGUCAUCGUUUAGGAGGCAUACCUAACUCAAGCGAAGAUAGCAUCUCUACGUCAGUAGCAGAUAGAGGACAAAGGCGAACACCUUUUACUGCUCGCUUCAAUACCUUAUACGAGGGGAAUGAUAAUGCUGAAAAUGAAAAGAGACCGACAUACAAUGGCAACUCUGUUAACCAUGAAUAA